AUGUCUCACGCUGGGCAUAACUCCCACACUCACUCGAGAGGCAAUAAGCUAGGAUACUAUCGAGCUUCAGUUGCUUGCAAUUAUUGCCGGAAGCGAAAGGCACGAUGUGUUCCAUCUGCGAAUGAUUAUAAAGGCAGAUGUGUCAACUGUACUAGACUCGAUCGCCCAUGUGUUGCUGUCACAGUGGCAGCUAUGCGUGCGCUGGAUGGCUCCGGGACUGAUACUUCCUCCGUAACUGAUGGGAGAUUGACGACAACACAUGAAUCCGUGCCUGGCAUAUCAGAUGCCCGGUCUCUCGAAUCUUCUCACUUCACCUCGCGUCAAUUGCUCCCACAAACAGAACCUCGAUCACACGAAGAAAUACCGCAUCAACCUGGCACAUGCGAUCAAAUGACCAACUGGGUCAUCAUUGAUCCUUCAAGAGCAUAUACGGAACAACUGGUAACAGAAAUCUGGUCCGAUAACCCUAAACAGUCUUCGAUGAGUAGUCUUAAUGCUAUGGCCAGCAGUGAUAAUAACUUUUUAUCUCAAUCACACCUCCUACCCUACAAAGAACCCGACGCUUACUUCGACGAUGAAACAAACUACGGCGUAUUUAGCAACGACCACGUAAAUCCUGAUAAUCGGCUGUUAUUCGACCCGCUCGUGUAUGGCAUGCCGCCUGAUGUCACAAGUUACAGGGAUUAUGGUUUUAUACCCGAGAACAAUCCAACCUGGAAUGAUUUCGGACACGACUUAGAGCACCAGCUACAACCGGAUGGCUCACUGAACGCCUUUUCUCACCCUGAUUCAAGCUACCUGUUCAGUCUGAAUAGUGCUUUGCAGAGUCAAUGA